AUGCUGCCAACACGACGGCUGGACAGCCAUAAUGGUACUGGUCAUGAUGGCGGCUGGAGUAAUGAGAGCCACAUGAAUUUCACCAAUGCCAUGAUUUCAGCAAGGUGCCUCAUGGUGUGCCCUGGACUGCGGGACUUGGACCACCAAGUGGACGGGCUUCAUGACCAGCUUGUCGCGGCAGACUACUCCACGCCGGUGGCGCUGGCAGACAACGUUGCCCACUAUUUUUCGGCCCAGCUACGCACACCUCGUGCUUGCCGGCAAAUGGCGAAGGCAUGCUUAAAGCAUGCUGCUCUCAUUGCGCUCGGCAGGCUUGCCCUCGCCGAGGAGACAUUGGAAAGCCUGGGCAUUGGUCCUAAUAGCAGGUUGGCUUCACUGUUCGACUCAUCGGACGUGAACGCAGACGGUCAACUCUCUGGUGAAGAGCUCCAGCACUUUGAGGAGAAUGGCAACGACCUUCUUCGUGGAAAUGCUCUGCUCCAGCACUUUGAGGUGACGCUCUUUGAAGGGGCCGACUGCUCCGGUCAGAGCCUCGUGGUGCAGAACAGCAGCAGCGAGCAAAGAUGUUCGGCGUGCUUUGACGUCUGCAACAAGGAGUUUUCUGCGGGCUCCGCGAUGUCCACUGUCAACGGGAACGAGGUCUGGAGUGUUGCAUCCAACGUGCGGUCUCUGCGAGUCGACUCCGGGGCUGCGAAGGUGGUCCUCAACCUUUGCCUUGGCACGUACAACUAUGGUGUUGCGGGCAAUGAGCUCACGGCCGUCCACACCGUUCGGGACGGUUGCCUCAACUUCGGCAGCGCUCAGGCACCCGCACACGUCUCUGCAGUCCCGCUGGACCUCCUCGAGCUUGCCACAGGUGUUUUCCUCAAAGCUGAUGUGGAUCCCUUUGACGAUCGCCUGGACUCAGCGGAGGCAGCGCAUUUGGAUUUAGACCCGCUGAUCGAAUCUGCUGAUCGCAAUGGCGAUGGUGUCAUGAGCAUUGAGGAGUAUACGACCCUGCUAGUUCAUGACCUUGCGCGGCAAGCGGCCAUGCACAACUUCAUGUCAGCAGAAUCCAUGCGGGAGGCCGCGCUGGCCGCAGUGACCGCGCAAGCGCAAGGGAGCACCGAUCACGUCACCGAGGCCCAGCGGGACGUUGAAGCUCAGAGAAUGUUUGGAACUGACUACCAGCAGGCCGUAGAUCACCCAGCAGAAGGAGUACCACAGCCGGUAGAAAGGGGCCCAAAUGGAGAGGUGAUCGUCUCGGGCGGGCCCGACGGAAGCGACUAUGGCGAUGUCAGGGAUGCUUCGCCGGUUUCAGGGAGCUACGACCCACAACAAGCCGGUGACGUGAUGAUGUGCGUAGACGGGAAGGAUUUCCAGGCCGGAUUCUGCUACAACUACUGCAAGAUGGACUAUCCAGUUGCUACGCUGAACAUGUGCUGGAAAAAGGACUGCCCAAGCGGCUGGAGGGAGAUCGCAGGAGGGAUGUGCAAGAAGAACGGCUUCAAUCUUGCCACCAAGGCGAAGGAACACUACAACCGAGGGAUGGGCGUGCGGCCCUCCACAUGCCGGCUGGGAGACUCGUUCGGGCCUGGAGCCAACCCCGACAACGGCAACCGGGAUUUCACCGUUGUUAUGGUCUCGGACACGCAGCUACCCUGGUGCUCCGGAGAUUUCAAGAGCGACGUCGACUGUGCCGUCCAAGAGAACUGGCGCCUGGUGCAAGGCAUACACGAUGUCAGCAAGCUGACGUGGGUCACAGAUGGCAACGGCACCUCGCAGGAGGUCGCCGAACCACUAGGUGUCUUCAUCACUGGGGAUCUCACGGCCUAUGCGCACAACUGGCAGUUCCGCCUUUACCGCCAGAUCUGGGAGACCCGCGCUGAGGAGGACCGGGACAAGAACAUCAAGCUUCCUGUGUGGCCAGGUCUCGGAAACCAUGACUAUGCCAACAAUCUGGAGGGUUGCUGGUGGGUUGAAGAAGAGCUUACGUGGACUGGCUAUGGGAAGAACUCCUGUGCUCAGCGCAUGGUCGCCUACAUGCGGGCAGCAGUCGCAAAGUGCGGAGGGCAGACGGUCGUGAACAACUUCGGUGGCCAUGUGGAUCACUACGACAAGGACUCUGCUGCUUACACGGUCCGCUAUGGCCGUAUCCGCUUCGUCCACUUACACAACUAUCCGACCUACCGGCGCAGGGAGCUCACGGGCGUGGCUUCCACCAUGGACUUUCUCAAGGACGAGGUCGCCGAGGCGGAAAGGACCAAAGACUAUUUGGUACUUCUGAUCCACGACGUUAACGGCCACUUUGCUCCAUGGGAUACGGACGACCAGGUGGACCGAUACAGCUACUUCUCGGAGGUCGUUGCAGGCUCCCGGACCAUCGCAGUGUUCUCUGGACACUUCCAUCCCAUCGGAGGCAUGCGCACGGGCACGUGGGCCCACUUGCGGGACUCUCGCACACAGGAAGAUCUGGUGAAUGCCUUCGGGGAGUCUGUGCCGUCUCUCCGGGGCUAUGCGCCCGACUACUCCGCGUUCCUGGUGACGCAGUGGAAUGUGGCGCGAUGCUUCUGGAGGUUUGGCUCUGUCCAAGUGCCUAGAAAGGAUCAGCCGAGGGGAGAUCCUUCCUGGAAAAGCCCCCAAGACGAAAAUCAGCAGAACACCUUCCAAAUUCCGGACUGCACAGUUGAUAUUGACUACCAGCCAGCGAAUUCCAUGAUGGUGUCAUCCUCUUCAAUCGCCCGCUUGGCCCUCAGUCUCUCCGUGUUGAUGCUUGCCUCGGUCUUCCGAUUCCUCUGA